AUGUUUAUCUGUAACAUCGGCAGUCAUGCGCGCCAAUUUUGGUUUUAUACAGUUUCGUCUUUUCGUCGAACCACGGGUCAAAAUGGUCGUUAUCGAAUACAAAGAUUUUUGUCCAGUGCAAAAGAGCCAGAUAAGGAACCAACAAAGGUGGAAAGUGCUGUUAGCACCGAAGUCGCUGUUAUGAAAGAAUGCAAGACACCUCCAGAAGAUCGUAUACCAGCAGAAAAAUCAAGAUUACAAAGUGUCCGCGUAUAUCGUUGGAACCCAGAAAAGCCAAAAGUAAAACCAUACAUGCAACAGUUCAGUGUGGAUUUAAAUAAAUGUGGUACUAUGGUAUUGGACGUGUUGGCGUUAAUAAAAGCAGAACAUGAUCCCACGUUAUCCUAUCGAAGAUCCUGUCGCGAAGGAAUUUGCGGAUCUUGUUCGAUGAAUAUAAAUGGUGUCAAUACCUUGGCUUGCAUCACAAAAGUGAAGGAGUCGCCAAAGCCCAUAGUCAUAUAUCCUUUACCGCAUUCAUACGUAAUUAGAGAUCUAGUAACGGAUAUGGAACAGUUUUUGAAACAAUAUCAAAAUAUCGAACCGUUUCUAAAACGACCAGGAGAAGAAAAUUUUCUGGGUUUACGACAAAUUUUGCAGAGUACAAAAGAUAGAGAUAAACUCAAUGGCUUAUACGAGUGCAUUCUUUGUGGGUGUUGCACUUAUGCAUGCCCACCGUAUUGGUGGCUCGGUGAUAAGUUUUUAGGUCCUGCAACUCUUUUACAGGCUUAUAGGUGGAUAAUAGAUUCACGUGAUAUGGGGCAUAAAGAAAGACUUAGCAAAUUACGAGAUUUCUACUCGGUAUAUCGAUGUCACACUAUUUUUAAUUGCACAAAAACGUGUCCAAAGGGUUUGAAUCCUGGAAAAGCAAUAGCUCAAAUAAAACGAUUGUUAGCGGGACUUACAAGUAAAGAAAAACCAGAUAUGGAAACUCCACUUCCAAACCCUUGCCAGGGCGAAGAUAUAUAUCUAUGCAGAGAGAAAUAG